UGAGACUUAAACCCAAACCGGGAACUCCAUUGAUACUCCAGACAGCUUGUUGUUCAUUUUGAGAGAGAGAGAGAGGGAGAAAGGAGAAGAAGAACAAAAUUACUAUCAGAAUGCGUAUAUUAGCAAGACAAUUAACUACUUAUUUGUCUAGAGGUAGAGGGUAUCCCCAAAAUAAGCUAAUCACUACACGCAGAUUCUCAUCAUUUGCUCCAAAAGAUGAGAUUGCACUUGAAGCGGAAGUGGAACGAAAAGUGGGAUGGAUGUUGAAAGCAUUUUAUGUCGCUAGUGCAACGUUUGUUGGUUACCAAUUCUUUCCGUACAUGGGGGAUAAUUUGCUUCACCAGUCUAUAUCGCUCAUGCAUGUCAAGGAUCCAUUGUUUAAAAGAAUGGGAGCGUCUAGAAUAAGCCAUUUUGCUGUUGAUGAUGAAAGAAGGAUGAGAGUAGUAGAGAUGGGUGGAGACAAAGAUCUCGUAGAAAUGUUAAAGUUUGCCAAAGAUGACAAGACACGCAAGUCAGCAUUAAAGGCUCUCUCUGCCCUUUCAAACUCAGAUGAGGCUGCUGGAGCCUUGCACCAAGCUGGGGCUAUCUCUGUUAUCAAGUCCACACCAGUAUCAUUGGAGGAUGCUGCACUUAAUACGUACAAGAUCAAAUUGCUACAGAGGUUUCAGGAUUUGAAAUACAACGAGGCGCAGCCAGAUCUCAGCUGAAACAUGGUCAAUUUUUUUGGGUGGCAGACAAUUUCGUGACUUGUGUCACCAAUCAUCUAACACAUGAAUGAGUGUGUGUUCGUGAUGUCCUGAAACCGAUUGAAGAAAUAAAUUGUAGAAAAAUCACUUUUUUCUUUUUCUUUGUGGACAUUAAGUUAGAUGUAAUACAAAAUAUGUGACUUCUUGAAUUCUUAAGUUUAUAGAUUUAUUUCUGUUGGUUCUUGCUGUUAA